AUUUUUACUGGUAUCUCGCCGUGUUGCCUUGUUCCUUUAGAAGUUCCCGCGUCUAAUCUCUUGGUUACAGUUUGCCCCUUGUCCUCUUGUUUGGUUCCUUUAUGAAAGCAUAACAAUGGAGGUAACCCCUGAGACCGACAAGCGCAAGCGAAGACGCUGCGCUGAUGAUGCUGUUGCGAAGACACAUGUGUACAACGUGGACGAUGAAAUGUGGGAGAACCCAACGAAGACUUCGGAUGGUUUGGAACCGUGUAUCGGGCUUGUUCUGAAAAGAGAAUUUGAUGAAAAGCUAUACGUUGGAGUGGUCGUGUCGGGGCCCACCCAAGUGAAGCGAGGUGGCGAGGAGGUCUGGCACAUUAGCUAUGAAGAUGGCGACGAGGAAGAUCUGAACACCGAAGAGCUCAUGAAGUAUGCCUGCCCCGUUCAGGAACCCAUCAUUGGCCUGACAAUCAGCAAGCUCUUUGAUGAUGGGAAGUACUACAGCGGCGAAGUGAAAAAAGGACCUGAAGAGGUCAAGAACAAGGAAACGGGAGACACCAACUUGGAGUGGCAGAUCCUCUAUGAGGACGGUGAGAAGGAAGAUUUGUCAAAGGAAGAAAUCCUGAAAUGGGCCAUUGAUACCAGAAAACGUCCUGCCCAAAGUAAGAGAGGAAGGGGGCGCCCUCCGAAAGCAAAGCCUGGUGUGGUGGAGGAUGAGGUUACCCCUCCAAAGAAGCGACCCGGGCGAAAGCGAAAGGCUAUCCAAGACGAGGAGGAGAGUGAGGACGAAAAUAUGGAUACAGAGGAACAGCCUGGGCCUCCUAGGAAGCAACCAGAUAAUUACUGCAGACCACGCGACAAUAGACGGAUGGAACUGAAAGAAAUCAAAAGGGAUUUGAUGUACUUUACGAUGGGAGCUAACGAAGAGUUAAUCGAUGCAGCCUUGGCCAAAAUGGAGCCCCCGUACGGCAUGAACGAGGCUAUGAAUCUUAUCCACGAAGCAAUAGCAGGUCCUGUGGAGGAUCAUGCGGAGGAAGCAGCGGAAAAGGGAGACAAGAAGUUCAUGCCUGAGAUUGGAUUGAAAAUUCGCAAAAACUUCCAGGGCUGUACCUAUUACGGCGAAGUGACGAACGAAGGAGAGAAAAAAGUUGACGAUGAUACUGGAAAGGAAGUUCGAAUGUGGCAGGUCACCUUCACUGAUGGCGACGUGGAAGAUAUGGACUUUCUGGCGCUUUUGGAACACAGAGCUUCAAGGCCCAUACGUCCCCACCCUGUUAGAGGACGCAUGCUGUGUGCUCUUGAGCUUUUCAGCGGAGAAGGCAUUGUGACUCAAGCGUUCGCUGAUCGAAGAUGGAGAGUGAAAAGCAUUGACAACAGUUAUAAGUCAUACGCAACGAACAUGGUGGAUAUCAUGGACCUUGACUUCGACAAGCACCUCGGGAUGGUGCCGGACUUUAUUUGGGCAUCGCCUCCAUGCACAACUUAUAGUCUUAUGGCUGGAGGAACCCAUCGAAAUCCAAAGGAAGGGAAGUACGAAAUGAGCGAGUUGGCGCGACAGCACAAUCGGCUCUUGACCAGGCUAUACUAUAUCAUCCAAUGGGCGAAAAAGAAGAAGCCUCAUCUUAUUGUGGUGAUUGAGAAUCCAAGAGCCCUGUUGAAGGCAAUGCCGCUCAUGCAGGAAAUGGAGAGGUCUCUGAAUCUCUUUCGCGUUACCGUUGACUACUGUGCUUUUGGCCGCCCCGAUCAAAAGCCAACUGACUUAUGGACGAACGACUUGCAAUUGCGGAACAACCUCAGCUAUUUUUCAUGCCGGGAUCGGUGUGUGUAUAAUGGAUACCAUGCUGUUGGCGCUCGAGCGAAUGGACACCAGUACAACGCAGCGGCUAUCCCCGAUUUCCUGGCUGAGGAAGUUGCAGAAUAUGUCAGUGCAAGGUUUUGCCUGGACUACAUCCGAUAUAAAACUGAGCCUGGGAUUACCGAAGAAGAAAAGACCGACUUUAGGAUGGCCAUGGUCGAAACUGAAGAAGAAGCGCAGGCCAUUGCAGCCGCUGCAGCAAACAACGCCGAAGAUCCCACAACUGGUGGGUCGGCAACGGGCACUACCGAAGAUCUGACAGAGAGCAGCGAUGAUCAGGCAUCGGGAACAGUCGGAGCCACAUCCGCCGAGGCCGCAGCGGCCGCCUCUGAACUGGACGGGAAGCCAAAGGGAUCAGAGAACGUAGACACUGUGGCGAUGGCUGCGGACGAUUCCGCGAAAGAAUCGGAAAAGAUGGGUAGCGACGAAGAGGCCAAAGCGGCAACUGAACCAGAGGUUGAAGUUGCAGAGGACGGAGACUCUGAAGAGACUUCUUUGGCCACGCAAGAGGUCGUCACACAAGCGUGAGGCUUUCGGUUUCUUGGAAUGGAAUCUGGCUGUACUAAAUAUCACUGCAUAUCAAAUAAAUGAACGAAGUGCGUAAAACUCAAGAACGAUAAAUAAGAACAAAACCUAAAUAAGAACAAACCUUCAUAAUCAGGUGGCUAGAUAGUCGUGUUUGUACACCUGAGUGCCCGUAGCAAAUAGUCUUAGCCAUCCUUUUUGUGAUUUAGAUCACGCGGUUUUUACUCAGUGGAGCCAACCCCACUGCCAUCCUCCGUGACAAACAGAUGCAGCAUCAACUGUACUAUUCUGUCAUAGUCUCGUUUCAAUGCAUCUGGAUCCUCAUUGACGAUCUGAACCCAUCCGGCAUCGGAUCGAAUGUCGGUUGUCUUGGCAAUCUCACUGCCAAGCUCUAGAAACUCUGGAUACACCUCCAUCUCGAGGGUGCUUUCCAUAUUGUGAAUAUCAUUCAAAUGGUGUCCAUUCACCGUAGUCAACUUUCCGCCGACAAAACUCACCAAAUGUACCAUGGCCCCAUGCAUCCUCAACGACGGCAAUGUUGGUAGUGUAUCCCACUCCAGUCUCAUGUUUGCAGAUUCCAGUGGGUACGUCUCCGGUGGCUCAUCACCCAAAUAUGCCGCUAGUAGCAUGUCAAAGGCAUUAUACCCAGUACAGGACAUGGUCAAGGGUGCAAAAUCCAUAUUAUGUUGUCGGGUAUUGACUUCUACCAGUCUUGGUCCGUGGGCUGUAACAAUCACUUCGGUAUGACUGAGUCCCCACUUGUAUCCCAGUGCAUCCAAACAGGAUUGGGCAUAUUGGCAAACUUGUGCCCCAAUAGCCGACUGGGUGGCAUCAAUGAGUUCAGUGGCAAAGUAACAGAAUGGUGAUCCAUUGCAGGGUCGUUUGUCGUAUCGCCACAGGGCCGCGACCUUGUGCUCUCCAUUUUUGGAGACAAUGUCGACGGCAUAUUCCGUCCCAACGGCAAAUUCCUGUACCAGGACAGCAUUGUGGGUCUGUGUCGGAUCCCCAAAGACUGUAGCUGACAAGAUAUCCUUGCAGGCAUUGUGCACGGAUUCUUCGUCGUGACACAGAUGUACGUGUUCGGAUGCCACGCCUCUUUUGGGUUUGACAAUGCAGAAAGCCUUUGGUGGCGGUUGUUGUUGUGUAUCCAUUCCAUCGUACUGAUACGUAUUGCUGCCCUGUCCCAAGACACCAGCAUCAGAGAAUCCUUGGUGAUUGCUCGUUGGUUUCGAGGCUUGUUCUUGAAGCAAUUCUCUAGCAAACGUCAGAGCCUCAUUGAGUGUCGUACAGAGCUUUUGUCUGACCGUCGGUAUUCCUGCCUCAGCGACAACUUGAUUCAUGAGAAACUUGUCUCGUCGUGCUUCGUUGGGUUCAUUGGCAUGAUUGGCACCAAUUGCCUUGGCGAAUUGUUCCGCAUCGGGCAACCCGGAAUCGGAUUCGCAGUGAACAGCAACAAUAUCAUUGGAAGGCAAUCGUUCCUUCCACGCCUCCAGAUCAAUGGGCAGCGAAGAAGGCAUCCAACGUUUCCAAUCCUCGGUUUGUUCUUUGGCAAAAAAGUUCUUCAUGUAGGUGGAUACAACAUGCACGGUACUCACGUCAUAGACGUCGCGGGCUUGAUGAGCCAUAUAGCCGCCAAAGUAGGGGCAAAAGGCAUCCAUAAAGAUGAGAACUCGUUUCCGACUUCCAUCCGCAGCCCAGGUUUCUGGAGUCUUGACAAUCGGUCCCAAGUAAUUGUCGAGUGCAGCAUCGGGUGCUUCCCAUGGACGGGGGCCAGGUGGAAACUCAUCACUACUGCCACUAGACGAGGUUGUCUCAUUCUUGUCCGCAGAUUCUUGUGCAACGCUGCCGUUGGCAUCAUCCGCACCACCUCGCAGGACCAACCAUGGAUGUCUUGUCGUCGUCAAGUGAUUCUUGAGAAAAACCCUGGAGCACGUUGUAGAACUACUGCUUGUGCUCCUGGUUGUACUCAAUGGGUGUCUGACAUUCCACAAAGCUGAUGGUGUCCCCGUGAAUGGACGGAGCGCCCAAGCUCUUUGAUGAUCCAAGAGGGCAAGCAGGAUCAGAAUCAGGAUCCGACAAGGGACGAGGAGAGUCAUGGUGGUUGAUAGAUCGAUCUACUGUAUGACAAGGAGAGCAAGAGGGCAUUUCGUCGCCUUCAUCAUAGAUCUUGGGCAACACAAGAAAAAUGAGGGGUUGGUGCCACGUGGAGGCAAAUGCGGACAAUUUGAUGUACAGUAGGGUUGGCGAUUU